UUUGUCAAGCUCUUAUUUAAUCUAUUCACUGUGGCUACCCUCUCCGUGUGGACGCCGUACUGAGCCGGUUAUUCUUGGCUCAGAUGUUAAGACGAGAACUUCACUGAUAGACUCUCCGCAGUCAAGGAAGCAGCGCAGGAGAAAACCAAACACAACGAAGGAGUGACAUCGGUAGAGGAGCCACAAGCCUCUGCCCUCUCCCCCAUUCUGAGGUGGAAGCUCUGGAAUCACUGGACAGUCACACAGAGAAAGCAGCGAGAAACAGAGAAGUAGGAUGGGAGGUGCCAGCUCCAGAGAUCAAACAGCUGAAACUUCAAAAUAUUCAUUCUUCAGUGAGGAAGAACUGAAGUGCCUGAAAUCUGAUUAUGAAACAGGUGGGGUGGAAAAGGUAACCCCGCUGAUCCAGAGUAAGGUAAAAGAGCUGGACAAUACAGAGCUUAACAUUGCAGUGACAGGAGAAACAGGCGCAGGGAAAUCUACCUUCAUCAAUGCGAUGAGAGAACUUCAGAGCGGUGAUGAGGAAGCAGCUGAAACUGGUACCACAGAAACCACAAUGGAACCAACUGGAUACAGACAUCCCAACCUGCCAAAUGUUUAUUUGUGGGAUCUGCCAGGAAUUGGAACAAAAAGAUUCCCAGCGGAUAAAUACCUGAGAGAAAUGAAAUUUAAAAGAUAUGAUUUCUUCAUCAUUAUCUCACACUGUCGAUUCACAGAAAAUGAUGUGAAACUCGCUAAAGAGAUUAAACGUCUGAGGAAGAAUUUGUAUUUCAUUCGAUCUAAAAUUGAUAAUGAUCUCGAAUCAAUGAGAAAGGGAGGGAAGAAAUUUAAUGAAGAAGAUGAACUGGAAAAGAUCAGGAGUUAUUGUGUCAAGGGCCUGGAAGAGGCGGGAAUCCCAUCACCCAGUGUUUUCCUGAUAUCAAACUUUGAUCUAAAUCUGUAUGAUUUUAAUCUGCUAAAUGCAGCUCUAGAAGAUGAUCUCCCAAGUAUAAAGAAAAGUGUGUACAUACUGGCCCUUCCAAACCUAAAUUUGGAAAUUGUACAGAAAAAAAAGAAAGAGCUAAAGAAACGAGUCUGGAUGUUGGCAACACUUUCCGGGGCACUGGGAGCAGUGCCAAUUCCUGGAUUCUCCCUUGGUUGUGACAUUGGGAUACUGAUUGGCGGAAUAAUAUAUUUCCGUAAAUGUCUGUGUCUGGAUGAUGCCUCUCUUCAAAGACUGGCCAAUAGGGCAGGGAAACCUGUGGAAGAUCUGAAAGCAGUGGUGAAAACUCCCCUAGUGGGUGAAAUUACUCCUGAUGUAAUAAACAGAUUAAGUUGGGGUGUCGCUGCUGUUGCCGUAUCAGCUCUUGAGCUCGCUCUUGACAUCAUCCCAGUCAUUGGAUCCAUCUUUGGAGCAGGAUCAUCAUUUCUCAUGACCUACAAACUGCUGAGUGGUGCACUGGAUAUUCUUACAGAGAAUGCACAGAGAGUGGUGAAGGCUGCAUUUGACACUAAUGAAAAUGACCCGGACCAAACAUCAGUCCAGUGAGUCAAUGCUGUAGUUGAUAUAUUAAAGGGGUCUGAUGCUGAACAUUGCAGGCCACUCUACCAUAUUCCCUUUUACUGAAUUCAAUUCUGGAAAUAUUCCUGAUCCAUUUCAAGGAAGUGUUUUCAUGGUACAGUGUUCAGUAAAAGGUUUUGUCUGGGUGUAAUCUGCAGAGAGAAAUCAAAGGGUGAGAAUUUUAAAACAGCCCACCCAAUAUCACACACACACACUGCAACCGGGUGACUCCCUACAUGAAACAUGGUACCAAGGAAAUCUGUCCUGUUCCUAGAAUUAUAGAAACAUCAAGCACAGUAUAUGGCCAUUCAGCCCAUUGUGCCUAUAGCCAGAAAUGAAUGUGUUAUUCAAUGAUAAUGAUGGAUUCAGUUGCCAUGUCCAGAUCCUUCUCUGUGAUGUUCCUGUUCGGUUCACAUCAAGAAUACCAUGACUGAAAUGGACUUCUCUCGGUUUAUAGUGGAGACAAACCCACUGGGAGUAUAUAUUUUGUUCACUUUUUGACAGUAAUUUUUUUAAUUGGCCACUGCUCCCACCCUCAAGUUUAUCAGUCACAUCAAGUUUUAUACCCGAUAGGUGACUGGGUUAUUAGUGCAGUCUUACUUCCAGCAUACCCUGAUCAAAAUACAGACUUAUUUCCAGUAAGCCCAUUUUCCAAUGCCAUUAAACCAUUAGCUGCUUUCACCUUACAUCCCUUUCGAUCCUGGCUUUAGAAUCAUUGCUUCAUCAUCCAGUGCCUGUCUGAAAAUGAAUCAAUUCUCUACAGUUCCAAUAAAUCGCAUUUUAUCUGAGAAACAGCAGAAUCUGAGAAUGAGACAGUAAAGAAGAGGGGUCAGGAUCAGACUGUAGACUGGCAGUGGGAAUACAGACUCACCGUCAUAUAUACCAUCCACCAUAUAGAGUCAUCCUGACCAUCCCUCAUACAGACCAUCCAUCAUAGAGAACAUCCCCAAUAGAGAGUAAAGAACAGAAUUAUUUUUACUUCUAAUCUCCAACUGUACAGUAAAACAAAUUAAAGUAUAGAAUAAUACAUUAUACAAGUACAAUUUUGGCAGAGGGCAUUACACAGCCACUUCAACUCCAUUGAGGAGCAAUGCCUUAUGAGGCUCUGAUUGGCCAUAGACACUGUGAUUGGGGUUUGUGUCCUUUUGUAUCCUCCAAAGCGACCAGUACCUUCCAGAUACCCAAUGGUGAUAUCACCGGCACCUGUCAUUAUGUGACCAACACAUUGAUCAGGAGAGUGAGUGAAACUCAGUGUCAGAAUGAUGGCCGACAUCUCAGUUCCAGCUGGCUGGGAAGAGGGAGAGGACAACGAUCUGGAAGAAAUAGCAACAGAAGAUCAGUUACUCCAGGAGGAGAGGUGUGGGACUGUGUUACAUCAACUCACUGGAACCUUGUGUGCUGCAAUAUCAGUGAUAUGAACAAUGGAUUGAUGUCACUGAUGUGAUAUAUAGUAUUUUUAAUCUAUAAUUGGCUUUACUGUGAUUCUGCUCGAAAAAUUGAAUUUAAUUAACAUAUCUGCAUAUGUAGAAAUUCUUCUUAAUCAAUAAUUGCACCUCUGGAAACUUUUCAAUGCUAAAGACUUGAAAGAACCUUUUGCCCUAUUAAUUGUAAACUUACGCUGCUCUGUAAAUUUCAGGACUGAUGGAAAUCUAACCAAGUGAAACUGGUGAACAAUGUAAUUGUCACACAACAUAUUUGAAAAUGACUGUGGCAUUUUUUGCUCCUGUGAAAUAUAUUGUAUCUCACUGCUUUGGAAAACAAGUGUUUUGGGGAAUGGUAUCUUGAAACACAUUCCAGUGAGUGGACAUUGCUGUUGAGACACUACUGUGUCAACUCAGGCAGAUAAUGUUCACACACAGGUAAUGGAUACAAUAAAUAACCAACUCUUCAUCUUGAA